GAUAGGUGUGGGUAACUUACAGAUAGGAGAACGCUGGGUGUACAUAUCUUGACAGGGAAUGAUAGGUGCGGGUAACUUACAGAUCGGAGAACGCUGGGUGUACAUAUCUUGACAGGGAAUGAUAGGUGCGGGUAACUUACAGAUCGGAGAACGCUGGGUGUACAUAUCUUGACAGGGAAUGAUAGGUGCGGGUAACUUACAGAUAGGAGAACGCUGGGUGUACAUAUCUUGACAGGGAAUGAUAGGUGCGGGUAACUUACAGAUCGGAGAACGCUGGACAGGGCAAGAUAGUGUAGGAACAGGUGAAGAAAGGAACCAAGGAUCAUAGAGAACAUAUGGGUGUGGAGAAAUUGGGCCAAGGCAGGUUGGGGACAAGGAAAUGCAAAGAUAACAGAAGAUCACUAUGUCUUCUACAUGUAGUUGGAAUCCAAAAUCUUGUAUACUUGCUGACAUCUUUUUUUCCCCUUCCAACUAGUGCAAGAAAUACGGGUACGAGAAUGACAAGAAGAUCAACCUGUGGGAUAUGCGCUACUUCAUGAACAUGUCCGAAGAGAAGCGCUACUCUGUGGACCACAACAAGCUCAAGGAGUACUUCCCCCUCGAGAAGGUCAUCCAGGGGUCACUGGACAUCUACCAGGAGCUACUUGGACUGAAGUUUGAGGAGGUUCCCAAGGAUCAAGCACCAGUCUGGAAUGAUGAUGUUCAGAUGUUCAGUGUCACAGACAAGGAGACCAGUGAGUUCAUGGGUUUCUUCUACCUGGAUCUUUUCCCCAGGGAAGGCAAGUUCAGCCAUGCAGCCUGCUUUGGUCUUCAGCCCGGCUGCCUAGCUCCUGAUGGUACCCGUCAAGCAGCCAUAGCAGCCAUGGUAGCUAACUUCACCAAGUCUACUCCCGACUCCCCGUCGCUAUCCACUCAUGAUGAGGUCGAGACAUUCUUUCAUGAGUUUGGUCACGUGAUGCAUGACAUUUUGGGGCAGACCGAGCUCUGUUUCUUCAGUGGGACCAGGGUGGAGCGUGACUUUGUGGAAGCCCCGUCCCAGAUGCUAGAGAACUGGUGCUGGCAGGCGGAGUCUCUGGCCAGGCUGUCGGGUCACUACAAGGACGGCUCGGUCCUCCCAGAUGACAUGGUGGACAAGCUGGUCAAGGCAAGGAACGCCAACGCUGGGGUCUUCAACCUGAGGCAGAUUCUCCUUGGGUCGUUUGAUCAGACUAUACAUACCAGGGAAAAGGCUGAUACAGAGACCAUCUAUUCCGGCCUGUCAGAGAAGAUCCUUGGUAUACCAGCUACACCAGGGACUAACAUGUGUGCUGCCUUUGCUCAUCUAGCCGAUGGUUAUGAUGCUCAGUACUAUGGAUACCUCUGGAGUGAGGUGUACAGCAUGGACAUGUUCUGUUCUCGUUUCAAGAAGGAAGGCAUAAUGAGUCAGAAGGUUGGCAAGGAAUACCGCAAGUACAUCCUCCAGCCCGGCGGCUCCAUCGAUGCUAUCGAUAUGCUGAAGAACUUUCUUGGACGUGAACCCAGUCAAGAACCAUUCCUCAUCAGCAAAGGACUAGAGAUCUAAUGUCAACAUGGUCGAUGAUGAUGAUACAAGACCCAUGCUAGUUAGACUAGGCACUUCAUCGCUAGAUCUCUUCUCUGGAUUGUAUCGCUUUGUAUUCACAGAAUGUCUUUGUUGAAGACUAGGACUUCUGAUGACCUCUUUGUCCAUAAUGUUUAGUGCAUUUUUGGUUGACGAUCGAGCAUACAUUUAGGACAUCCUAAAUUUUGACAAUCAAUUUAAAAUACAAAUGAAAUUUGAUCAUUAUUUAUUUCAUGGCUUAUAAAGUGAUUUUUUUUUUUUACCAGUACGAGUUCAUCUACUUUAUUGGACAUAGAAAGCCUGUGGAUAAAAUCCAAAUGGACAGUCAUUUAAUGUUCAGAAAAUCGUAAAAUGGCUUUUAGGGACAAGAACAAUCAUGGUUUAUUUUAAUGCAACAAGAACAACAGUUUAGAGGCAGUUCUUUAUUUGACAUUUUGUGAAUACUGAAAAAUACAAUAUCUAGAUAAGGGAUCAAUUUAUAGGUUUAGAUUUGAUAUAUGUAUAUAUUUGAAAGUGCUUUAAUAAUAUAGAUACAUCUAUUCUUUAUUUUGCUUUAUUCUUUCCUUUUUUGUGACUUUUUUAUCUGUAUGUGACCAAUGCUUGGAUUAAGCUGACAAUUCUACUGAUGUGUUCUAUGCAAAACUAUUGUUGAUCCGUCUCUAUGGUGACUCAGUGUAGAUCGUGUUAUUCCCAAU